AUGAUCGCGGCUCCGUGCGAUACGAUCGCCUCGCCGGCGGGUGGCGCGCCGCCGAGCGAAUUUCGCCCCUAUCGAACGCUGAAGCCUGUCUCUCGGCGCGCUUCAAACUCCGGUCUCCGAGGUCAUUGCCGCGGCGAGCGCGGACCAAUGGGGCGCUCGCGCGGACGUGCGCGCCGAGCGAUUGGCGGAGCGCGGAGCCCGUCCCGCGAGCCUCACCGCGCACCGAGUUCGAAGACCUGA